GAGUAGUCGUUAGGACAACACGCGUCUACGUCACCGAACGUGAUCGGAAGCAGCUCACAGUCAGCUGAGCAACAACAACGUCCACAGCUCCAACGGUCAAAGAUGGCCUACCCUAAAUCCCACAACCCGUUUGCAGACGAUGACGAUGACGAGGACUUUAAGCCUAAAAGUAGGGGUUUUGAUGAUGACCCCAGUGACAGUGGAAUGAGUGAAGCAGAGAGGAAGCAGCGGUACCUCCAGCAGGAAGUGAUGCGUACAGCUCAGUCUGCUGUGGACAGCAGUAACCGUUCCCUUGGCCUCAUCUAUGAAUCAGAGAAGAUGGGUGUGGAAACUGCAGAGGAGCUGAUGCGACAGGGUGAGGUUCUGAAGAGGACAGACAAGAUGUUGGACAACAUGGAUCAGGACCUGAAGACCAGUCAGAAGCACAUUAACAGUAUAAGGAGUGUGUGGGGUGGCCUUGUCAAUUACUUCAAGGGCAAGCCAGAGACAAAGCCACCACCUGAGCAGCCUAAGGCCUACCAGGGCAGUGAAAGAUUACAGGAUGCCAUGUCCAGCAGCAGAGAACAUGAAGAUAAGUACCAAGCCAGCCACCCCAACCUCAGAAAGAUUAACACAGGAGGAUUUGGAGCUUCUGCAUCAGCAGAUGACAGCUCGUCUAGACAGAACGGAUACCCUCAGAAUAGACACCUUAGGGAGGCUCACCAGACCCUCGACAAUAAUUUAGAUGUGAUGUCCGAUGGCUUGAGAAGACUAAAGAACCUUGGACUUGGUCUUCAGUCUGAGAUAGAGGACCAGGACGACUCCAUUGAUUCUCUGAUGAAUAAAGUGGACAAGAUGGAUGUCAAAAUCCACAACACAAACCAACAGAUUAAAAACCUCAAAUAAAACAAACGCCUGGACUCACUUUGCAGAGACAAAGACACCAUCCUCUCACUUGGUUUCCAUCCUGGCCUUUGUCGAAUACACCUGUUCUUUGAUUUAGUCUUUUCUUCUUCUUUUUCUGUUUUUUUGAUGAAUUGGAACAUGUAACUCUCACAAACGAACAGGUGAAAACUUUUUUUAAUCCAUAUUAUUUACUUCUUGAGUGAAUUUUCCAUUUCUGUUUCAGGUUAGUCCAUGAACCCACGUUUGCCUAUUUCCUCCCACCACAGACUUUUACACUGACAUGUUAUCUUGGGUUUUGUCCAGCUGACUCUUGCACACGCCUCUUACAAUUAUCCUACCUUAAAAUGUGAUUCCUUUACAUGUUUGCUUCGAAGGGAAUACUCUACUCCGUGUGUGUAUGAGAUGUAAGGGACUGUCUCUGUCUGGUUAAAAUCUGAUUGUUUUCUCCAUAAAACUCCACUGCACUUCUAUCUGAUUGUAGUCAGCUGAAUCUGCAUUGGUUGGUUGAUUACAUUGUCAGCUAGAUCAGUUUUUCUUCGUCACCAAAUUGGCUGCUAGUUUGCUCGUCAUUCAGGCAAAGCAGAUGAAUGGUUUGACAUAUGAAUUAUUAACUCAGUAAAGAACACUGCACAUGUCUAAAAGCAGAAUGUUUUGUGUGUAGGAUUAAUAUCCUGGACCUGUCUCCACAUUUGUACAUACAAGUCUUGCUCAAGUCACAUUUGCCUUACAUGUAAUUUGUUUGUACAGAAGAUUAGCUUUUGGUUCUGUGCCAUUGCUCAUAGCCUCCACAGAUACAUCUCAUCAUAAUGCUUCACUUUUUAAAAAAUCUUCAGUAUGAAAUUGAUUCUCCUUUGUCUGAUGUAUGUUCAUGUUCUUCUGUUUGUGGCUUUAUAUAAAUUGUUUAUAUUGAUCUUUAUCAUUCUGAAUGCUGCAGAAUGUGAUGGAAAUUAUUGUACAGCAUAAAUAAUGUGAACAAGUUAGCUGUGAAUAUAAAAACUCUAGAAACUGAAGGAAUAUCUGCAAUAUUAGAAUCAUAAAACCUUCCCCAAUGUGUUAUGUUUUUAAACACAAGGCUAAUUUGAUCAAGAAUAAGAAAAUAAAUGAGGAUUCAUGGUCA